AUCUCUCGUCUUUAGCUCUCUCGGACUCUCUCUCACUCACUGUCACUCUCUCUACUCGGAUUUGAUCUGUGUUCAGCCUCCCUUCUUGGACCGAAUCAUCUGUGCUUCAACUUUCCCUCCGUCUUAGGGUUUUCAAUGGAAACUUCUGAAAGGUUUUCAGAUCAAGGGUUGGAUUAAAUCAAGGCUGGUACAAGCAUGGAAGAGGACUUUCGAAAGCCUCCUCUCACUUACAGUGCCGACGAGAUUGAUGCCUGUCAAAUCCUGCUCCAACUUCCUGUUUUAGUCUGUGAAUCAGAUUCUCGCCUCAAUUGUUUCGGAUUCAAUUGGGGCUUUAAGAGGACGAGAUCAAACCCACUUCCAAACUCUAUCAAAGACAAGGUUAGGGAUCCUGCAACCCAGGUUUCUUCCUCUCCCGGUGAAUUCCAAGAGAACUUGAAAAGGAAGAGGGAGUAUGGGGAUAUGAAGCAUGAAUCUGGAAGGAUGAAGGACUUGGGAUUGAAAGCAAUGAAGCAAGAUAAUCACAUCAGUUCACUCGGAAUUCACAACAUCCCUUUUGAAUUAUUGGCCCUAGAGUUCGAUCUGAAUGAGGCUAAUCGGAUUCUGGAUAAGACCAUGGCUGCUCAAGCUGGAAAGACAAGGAUUAAGAUAUGCAGGGCCAAGAACUCUUCUGCUGACAGUAGACAAUGCAACCCAAUACUAACAUUAGAUGCUCGAUGAUUCGUACAUUCAUCUGUAGCUUUUGUUUUCUUUCGUUUCUUCUUCCUAUUCAUCUAUCUGUACAUGGGCCCUGCAAUCCAGCUUUGUUCCUCAACCAGUCGAUUCCAAGAGAAGCUCAGGAUUUGUUAAGGAACAGAGAUCAUUUAUCAGAUAGGGGUUGUGAAUGAUGGUUCUGAAGAAAUGGAGGCUUCCAACUUUGGGUUGAAAGCAAGGAAAUAAAAUAAUCAGGUGGGAUUUAUUCCUAGUUCUUGAUCAGACUUCUUUGUCUUGAAAACGAUGCUAACAUUCCAUUUGGGUGGCGCAAGAGUUGGAUCUGAACGAGGCCACGACUACUCAAGCAAGAUAUUUAGGGCCAAGAACUUAAUGGCUUGAUGGUUCUAAUGCUCAUUCGUUUUUAGCUUUUCUUUUUUACCUUCCUUUUCUUUUCUAUUUUUGGGCCUCUCUAGACGAUUAUUUGCGUUGUAAAAGUGUGUUGAGAAUCGAGAUUAAUACAAUGUUACAAA